GGGCGCCGUGGGGGGAUAAUAAAUCUGAAAAUGAAUAAGUUUUCAAAGUUGAAGAAGAAGGUAGAGAAGAUUGGCAAUCUGGUCCAAUCACAUUACCAUGCAAGUCAAAGUCAAAGUCAAAGUCAAAGCCAUGGCCAUCAAUCAGGCCCUCGCCCGUCAACAUUUGGACAAUAUCCUGGUGCGUCAUCAUUAUAUCCUCCUCCUCCUCCUCGUCCUGCUGGUCCUGGUCAAACUUCCAGUGGUCCAAGUCAACCCCCUCUUCUUGUAGACUGUGUUAGGUGCAAGACGGUUCUGCAGCUACCACCUGGCGCACUGUCGAUUGCGUGUGCGGUUUGUCAUCAACUAAUUAACAUUGCUGCCCCUCCUACCGCUAAUUUCGCCCCACCUCCCACCACCCAUCAGCCAUCCCCAGUUUCGUAUCAGCCGACGCCGGCAAAUGUCAGCGGGAACAAGAGGGCGGUGAUUGUAGGCGUAAGCUACUCCGGCACGAAAUAUAUGCUCAAGGGUUGCCUCAACGACGCCAAGUGCAUGAAGUACAUGUUGACGCAGAAGUUUGGGUUUAAUGAACAGAACAUCGUUUUGUUGACAGAAGAAGCAAAGGAUCGCGGUCGGAUUCCGACGAAAAUUAACAUUAUGCAAGCACUGUACUGGUUGAUGCGAGGGGUACGUGCCGGCGACUCGCUAGUUUUUCAUUAUUCUGGACAUGGUUCUCAGCAAAAAGACCAAACUGGAGAGGAAAUUGACGGCUAUGAUGAAACGCUGUGUCCGUUGGAUUUUGAGAAGAACGGGAUGAUUGUCGACGACGAUCUGAAUUCUACUUUGGUGAGGCCUUUGCCGCCGGGUGCCAAAUUACAUGCGGUGAUAGAUUCAUGCCACAGUGGAACUGUUCUCGAUCUGCCAUAUCUCUGCAAGUUCAGGCAUGGACAUGUGGAAUGGGAGGACCAUCGACCAAGACGUGGGAACCGGGACCGAAAGGGGACGAGUGGCGGCGAGGCGUUCUGCUUCAGUGGGUGUGAUGAUAGUCAGACAUCUGCCGACACUUCUGCACUCUCGCAAGUGACGUCAACGGGCGCAAUGACGUACUGCUUUAUUGAAGCAAUUGAACGAGGCCUUCAAUCUGGCCGACAAUUGACUUACGCGCAAAUCUUGGAUGGAAUGCGAACUGCAAUCAAGAUCGCCAAUGAGAAGAUGGGAGGUCAUCGAUCAGGAGGGGUUACUGCGGCUAUGAAUAUUUUGGACAUGUUCUUGGGGGCAAAUGGGCAACUCGGCUCACUGUUUCAGGCGGGCGGGCUGACUCAGAUUCCACAAUUGACAGCUUCAGCCCCAUUCGACGUGGCAACAAAGACCUUCUCUAUGUGACAAAGAGAGAGAGAGAGAGAGAGAGAGAGAGAGAGAGAGAGAGAGAGAGGAUGUUGGUGGAGCAUGCAGAGUCUGCUGUAAGAUGAGACGAGAGAGUGGAGAUCUGGACGCAAGACCCAUCAUUACUAUUUUAUAUUUUUAACUUUUAAGGCUAUUUAGUAUUUUUUUAAAUGUAUUUUGCUAUUUUGGGUGGGGAAUAAAGAACCUUUUCCCAUUGCUAUUUAAGUUUGCGGAAAUCUACAGCCGAGAUCAGGCCUCAAGACCCUAUCCAUCCAUUGAACCUGGUCUUCACUUCCAUGCACUCUUUCAACCACGAGUUGGACUGAACUGGAAACGCAAUUGGAACUGGAAGUGGAACAAGAACAGGAACCAAUGCCAGAACUGGAACAGAAUAAAGACCAGAUCUGGAGCCAGAUGCAGAACCACGGGUCGAACAGGGAACAAGAGUGGAGUCAGGGCUGGGCCUAGGACCACAGUCGUAAGCAAGGCGCUACCGUCUUCCCCCCGAACACAGCGCACCCUGAUUUUCACUGCAUCGGGCUGGAAACAUCCUUUGUAUACGUUCAUUUUCAGGGUGCGUUAUGUUCGGGGGAAGACGGUAGUACUCCCAGGACCAAGAGCAGAGCAAGUCACACAGGAACUUCGACAAGUUCUUCAACCCUGACGAGAUUGGUCCGAUCUUCAAACUGCGGCAUUGCGGCUGCAAUGGCCUCGGAGAAGAACGAUAGGUGGAACGUGGACGCGGUCACGGAGCUAUUGUUUGCAGCUGCAACCAGGAGUAGACCAAGUGGUACAGCCAUGAAUACUGUCGUCGUCUCUUCAAGGCUCUCGAAACAGCCAUGGGAACAGCCGUCGAGUAGCCAUAGCCUCGCAGGGACGACUGUAUUUGAGCCAGGAGUAGACCAAGUGAAGUGCAGUUGCCUCGGAGAGGAACGGUGGGUGGGUGAAACAGUGACCAGGAGGGGAUAUACCAAGGGCUGGAACCGUCUUUUCGCCCACACGGAAUAUCUGGUCGUUGUAUCUGUGCAAGUUUCUGUCUAGAUGCAGUGUAAUGACCAGGUUUCCUAUUCGGGUAAAGCCAAUAGGACCGGGCCGAGGAGUUACCACACGGAAUAUCUGGUCAUUGUAGCCGUAUUUGGUGCAAGUUUCUGUCUAGAUGCAGUGUAAUGACCAGGUUUCCUAUUCGGGUAAAGACAAUAGGACCGGACCGAGGAGUUGUUACUAUUUUGGGAGGACCAAGAGUAGAAGACGUAGUAUUGGAACUUCAACCGGAACAAGAUGGGUUUCGAACUGCUGCGAUUGCAUUCUGGGAAAUCAGGAAUUGAAUCUGGCUGGAGAGGGCAGCUAGAUUCCUUCGGCAGAAAUUGAGCCUGGCUCGAUAACUAGGGUUCCGUUCACUUGCUUCUCCUCGAGUUUGGAUUCGCGGCCUCUGCGAGUACGACAUAUAUGAUACAUCGAUAAUGACCAUAGGGUGUACACACUCUAUUCGGGGGAAGACGGUAGCCGACCGACUGCGGUACGACGUUGCGAAAACAAUCGACCGACGAUCUCAAUUUAGCGUAUACUUGAAACUAUUGGGUGAGCUCAUGUAGUCCAUCUGUACAGAAUCAAGGAUCGCGUCUCCAUUCAUCCAUUCAGUCAGCAGUCAGGUGUGAACGCGAAUUCCAGCAGUUCGCUGAUUAACAAGAGCUUUGUUCUUGUUCUGUCUGAUAGACCACAUGUCGGCAUUUAUUUUUCCUUUUUUUCACAUGUUGGCAUUUUUCUUUUUAUUUUUGUUCUUCUUUUUUUUCCCCCUCACAUAUCGGUAUUCUUCCAGCAGUUGUUGUCAAAGUGGCUCGUAAGUUCUUAUCCGACGAAUGACAGCUUUCUUCUUCUCCUGCAUGUGGCCGAACAUGGGGUCCACAUUCAUCCAGCACUCAGGUGUGAAAGCAGAUUCUUGCAGCUCACUGAUUAACGAGGGCUUUGUCCGCGUGCUCUAUGCAGCUUGUGCCGUAUUUGGCAUGAAAUCAGGUCUGCAUUCAUUUCUCUUGAGUUCUUUGUCUGCAUUCGUGCACCAACUCAGUGAGGAGUGCUUUUUUUUGCCAAAAAAAAAAAAAAAACAAACAAACAGAGGAAGGUGGUAUAUAACAGGGGUUGGUAGCAACUGUUUAUUAAAUAAUUAAAGUUAUUAAACCCCCACCAGUACACCCGGCCCUGGAGGCGCCUUACUGCGUGCCAGGCUUUUCCGAACCGCCCGCGGCGCACGUCCUUUUUUUCUAGGCUGGGGCCGCCAGCCAUUGUGCAUUGCGGUCCUGUAGGCGGAGCCUCCGAAUUAUCCGUACGCGACGCGUUGCAUUUUCAGCAAGGCUGGCCAGUGGUCCUGGGGCCAUCAACUGUUUAUUAAACCACCAGUACUUCCUAAAGUCGUGCCCGUUAACGCUACGCAAUUUUAGGAAACGUACGGGCCACUACAGGAGUGCCCAAAUUCAUCCGACUAGAAACGUUUCUACUCUUUUUUUUCCCGUGGCCGGUAGCUGGGCCAACGACUGUUUAUUAAGAAGUUGUAAAAUUGAAAACACAGGACUCCGGCAUAGCAUGAUUUAUAGA